GGAGGGGGAGGAGCCUCCACAGACAGACUUACGUACCUUCACCACUGCUCUGCUUUGCUGCCUCUAUGGACACGAACAGGGGAGAAGGGGAAACUGGAGCGUUUUGUUGACGGGAACAGGCGAGCCUCCCCAGGGGCCUGGUGGUGGUCUAAUUCCGGAAUAGUGGACGAACGGCAGCAAACAGGAACGCCACUGGAGAGAGUUGUGCAGCGGUGAGAGAUGUGCGGUCAGGCCGAGAUUGCGGCGGUAUCCCUGUCUAGGCCUGGACUGAGCAUAUUGUUCUGAGAGGAAACGGAUAACAAACAGGGGAAGUGAACAUGGCUGGGACCUCGGGUUUCUUUUCCAACGGUCCCGUCCCGUGGAUGGACAACGACGCGGAGAUGAACAACUUAUACCGAGACCUGGAGCUGGGAACAGUGCUUACGCUGUUUUAUUCGAAAAAAUCCCAAAGGCCAGAGAGGAGGACUUUCCAGGUCAAACUGGAGACAAGGACCAUCAUUUGGACCCGGGGCACGGACAAAAUAGAGGGCGAGAUCGACAUCCGAGAAAUCAAGGAGAUACGACCUGGACAGAAGUCUCGCGACUUUGAGCGUUAUAUGGAGGAUUCUGCUGCACGACUUGAUCAAGCUCACGGCUUUGUCAUUUUGUAUGGGACAGAGUUUCGCCUCAAAUCACUCAGCCUUGCAGCAACAUCUGAUGAGGAGAUGACAAUGUGGGUGAAGGGGUUAAACUGGCUUGUGGCUGAUACACUGAAGUCCCCAACACCCCUUCAAAUAGAGAGGUGGUUACGCAAACAGUUUUACGCCGUUGAUCGCAACAGAGAAGAUAGGAUAUCCUGUAAGGAUCUGAAGAACAUGCUGAGCCAGGUCAACUACAGGGUGCCCAACAUGAGAUUCCUCCGAGAGAAACUUCCAGACUCUGAGUUGAGGAAUGGAGAAGUGUCUUUCAGCCAGUUUGCCCAGCUCUAUCGCAACCUAAUGUUUGAUGCUCAGAAGAAUCUGGAGAUUCCGUUUUUGCAGAGGUUCAUUGACAGACCAGAACAAAGGAUCUCCCUUGAAGACUAUAAAAGCUUCCUAUUAGAAUCUCAGAUGGAAUUGUGGGCAGCAGACAGCAGCUUGGUUCAGGACUUUAUGUUCAGCUACCUAAAAGACCCUCUCAGGGAAGUGGAACAGCCCUAUUUCCUCCAAGACGAGUUUCUGACAUACUUGUUCUCCAAAGAGAACACCAUCUGGGAUUCUUCCCUGGACCAAGUGUGUCCAGAGAAUAUGAACAACCCCUUGUCGCAUUACUGGAUCUCCUCUUCACACAACACCUACCUGACAGGAGACCAGUUUUCCAGUGAGUCGUCUCUGGAGGCGUAUGCUCGCUGUCUAAGGAUGGGCUGCCGAUGUAUUGAAUUGGACUGCUGGGAUGGUCCAGAUGGAAUGCCAGUCAUCUACCAUGGGCACACCCUCACAACAAAGAUCAAGUUCUGCGAUGUCUUGACCACCAUCAAAGAGCAUGCCUUUGUCACGUCAGAUUUCCCCAUCAUCCUUUCCAUUGAGGACCACUGUAGUAUUGUCCAACAGAGGAACAUGGCCACUCACUUUAAGAAACUGUUUGGAGACAUGUUGCUGACCAAAGCGGUGGAUAUUGCAGCAGAUGGCCUGCCAUCACCCAACCAGCUCAAGAAGAAGAUCCUCAUCAAGCAUAAGAAGCUUGCUGAGGGCAGUGCCUACGAGGAGGUGUCCACCACUACGCCCUACUCUGAGAACGACAUCAGCAACUCCAUCAAAAACGGCAUCCUAUAUUUGGAGGACCCCAUUAAUCAUGAGUGGUACCCUCAUUUCUUUGUCCUGACCAGCAGUAAGAUCUACUACUCAGAAGAGACCUCAAGUAACCAGGGUAAUGAUGAGGAGGAGGAGCACAGAGAGGUUUCCAAUGGAAUGGACCAACAUGUUACAGAAAAGUGGUUUCAUGGGAAGUUGGGUGCAGGGCGUGACGGGAGACAGAUAGCUGAGCGGCUUCUGUCAGAGUACUGUCUGGAGACUGGCGCGCCAGAUGGCUCUUUCCUGGUCCGGGAGAGUGAGACAUUUGUGGGAGACUACACAUUGUCUUUCUGGCGCUCAGGACGGGUGCAGCACUGUCGCAUACACUCCCGUCAAGAAGCCGGCAGCCCCAAAUUCUACUUGACUGACAACCUCGUGUUUGACACACUCUUUGCCCUCAUCAACCACUACCAGCAAGUGGCGCUGCGUUGCAAUGAAUUUGAAAUGAAACUUACUGAGCCUGUGCCGCAAACCAACGCCCAUGAGAGCAAAGAAUGGUACCAUGCCAACCUUUCCAGGAGUCAUGCUGAGAACAUGCUGAUGAGGGUUCCCAGAGAUGGAGCUUUUCUUGUCAGGAAGAGGGCAGAAUCCAACUCAUUUGCCAUUUCCUUCAGGGCCGAGGGUAAGAUUAAGCACUGCCGUGUGCAGCAGGACGGUCAGACUGUGGUGCUUGGGACUUCUGAGUUUGACAGUCUUGUAGAUCUAAUCAGCUACUAUGAAAAGCACCCUCUGUAUCGCAAAAUGAAGCUGCGAUAUCCCAUCAAUGAGGACACACUGGAAAAGAUCGGCACUGCUGAGCCGGACUACGGGUCCCUGUAUGAGGGGAGGAAUCCAGGUUUUUACGUCGAAGCCAAUCAAAUGCCUACUUUUAAGUGCACUGUGAGAGCAAUGUAUGAGUAUAAAGCCCAAAGAGAUGAUGAACUCUCGUUCACAAAGAAUGCCAUCAUUUCAAAUGUGGAUAAACAGGAAGGAGGAUGGUGGAAGGGAGACUGUCUAGGGAAGAAGCAGCUAUGGUUUCCUGCAAAUUAUGUUGAGGAGAUCAGUCCAUCAGCAGCAGAGCCGGACAGAACCCAGGAGAUGACAGAAAACAGCCCCCUAGGAGAUCUUCUAAGAGGAAGUGUGGACGUCUCCUCCUGUCAGAUUGUUGUGCGUCCCGAUGGAAAAGGAAGCAGGCCACAUGUCUUUUCCCUGGUGCCGACGACAGCCAUGCGAACAAGCCGGGUGCUGGAAGUAGCUGCGAGUAGUCUGGAAGAACUAAAGGAAUGGGUGUUAAAGAUCCGUGAGGUUGCGGUGACCUCUGAGGCCAAGCUGGAGGAGGGUAAGAUCAUGGAAAGGAGGAAGAAGAUUGCACUGGAGUUAUCUGACCUGGUUGUCUACUGUAGGCCUGUGCCGUUUGAUGAAGACAAGAUCGGCACAGAGCGUGCCUGUUUUCGGGACAUGUCCUCUUUUCCCGAGACCAAGGCUGAGAAGUAUGUCAAUAAGAUCAAAGGAAAGAAGUUCCUGCAAUACAAUCGACUACAGCUGUCCAGGAUCUACCCGCGAGGCCAGAGACUGGACUCGUCUAACUACGACCCUCUGCCCAUGUGGCUCUGCGGUUCGCAGCUGGUAGCGCUUAACUUCCAGACAGCAGACAAGCCCAUGCAGAUGAAUCAGGCAUUGUUCAUGCUGAACGGGAGGAGCGGCUACGUCCUCCAGCCCCCAAUCAUGAGGGACGACACCUUUGAUCCCUUUGACAGACACACAGUGCAGAGCCUGGAGGAAGUCACUCUUCAGAUUGAGGUUUUGGGCGCACGGCACCUACCGAAGCACGGGCGUGGCAUUGUUUGUCCUCUGAUUGAGAUCGAGGUGUGUGGGGCGGAGUAUGACAGCACAAAGCAAAAAACUGAUUCAGAAGCUGAUAAUGGUCUGAACCCCACCUGGCCCAGAAAGCCGUUUCAGUUCUCAGUGUGCAACUCUGCCUUUGCCUUCCUGCGCUUUGUGGUCUAUGAGAUCGACAUGUUCAGUGACCAAAACUUUCUGGCUCAGGCCACAUUCCCCCUUCACGGCCUGAAGACAGGUUAUCGGUCAGUCCCUCUGAAGAACAGCUUUAACGAGGAUCUGGAGUUGGCAUCCUUGUUGGUCCACAUGGACAUCGUCAGAGGCAGAGAAGAAAAUGGAGAACUCGUGUGCCCAUUCUCCAUGACCUCGUCAAGCUCGGUUUCGGUCCAGACUGGACGUGAACGUUUCGGGGAUCACAGCUCAGUGUCGUCCACCUCCUCCAACAUGUCCCCUGUGCCGCAGUCACCGGCCCAGGCAGUCGCUGCUUACAGGGGCCGAGAGGGCUCUUUCGACUCCCGCUACCAAUUGCCUUUGGACGACUUUAGGGUGUCGCAGGAGCCUCUGCUGGACCACAUGGACCCACAGAACAGAAGGAUGCUGCGGCGAACGAGAGUGGGUGGAGAGAAUCGUGUCUAAGUCCAAACUACCACGGAGACACUUUAGUGUUGCACCUCCCUAACUACCCUCCAACUCCUCCUCAGUCGCCUCUGUCCGUACUUAUGAUGUCACUGACUGCUGGGAAGUUUCCAGGGAAACGCCCACCGCCGCUUUGGCCUAAGUUUCAGGCAUACCUCCCGCCACCUCCCUUGUGUCCGCCCAGCCUACUCAGCGCCUGAGAGGGAGGAACUUUGAUGUCCAUACAGAAGAAGGAAGAGGAAGCUGGCUGCUACUCACAGGAAGAAGAAAGUUGGAUGAGGUGUUGUCCUCUUGCGUUCCAAAUGUAAAAUAGCAGCAGAAAGAUGGAGGCAAGUUGAGUGUGCUGAAACGAUUUCCUGAUUCAGUUUGUUGGCUCAACUUAAUUGGGUGUAUAUAAACAUAAUGUAUUUAUUCCUGCUGUGCUGUCGGCUAGAGGACAGCAGCUUCUCACCUGCUCUCAAAGAGCUCCUGUCUCCAUGUUUUUAAUUAUUUAACAUUCAUAUUGUGACCUUUGCAAUUUUUUGAUGUAUAUGUGUAAAACAUGAGGGCUCUCUGCGACUGUUUUUAAUGUCUUUGCGCUUUGGAGGAUAUUAUGCACCUCCUCUUGCAUAUUUAAUGUAGUUUUUUGUGAAAGGCAUCAGGAGGAAGUCAUAGCAUUGAGAACAGGCACACUCAUACAUCACUCUCAACACACACAGCCAACCAUUUGUUCUUCUUACCUUCCAAAAAAGACACAUUUUCUUUUUAUAAACCAGUCUUACACAUUCGAAGGUCACUAUGUGUGCUCACAAAAGUAUUGUGAUGCUGUUAGCAAGCCAUAUUGUCUUUAUUUCAGUUAUUCACAGCCGGUUUAGUGUCAAAUCUAUCAGAAAACACUCCACUGUUUUUAUUAUGCUGUGUCAGCGAAUGUCACUGCUACAUGCUUUUUAUUUUUUAUCACAAAGAUACCAUUUGAGGAAAAACAUGCCAUUUUAACUCCGCCACUUAAAUGUAAAAUGUUGCAGCUGCCAUCAUGUCCAGUGUUGUCAGUGAUCGAGAUUGAAAUGUAUACGCAUGGCUGCUGUCUUUAUUUACUCACAUUCCGCCUUUUCACAUGUUUGUGGGUUGAGCGCAACUAGGUUGGAUGACAAGGUGCCUUCAGUGGGCCAAGAUGAAGCUUGUAUGUAUAAAACUCUGUUUCAGAAAGUGUUUUCUAUGUGAUGUAUUGAUAAUGUAAACUCAGUAUUGUUGCUCAGUGUUGGACCACUGGGACACACCUAAGCCAUACGCUAUGAGGUGAGAGCAGGGGUUGUUAAAACUGAAAGACCGAAGUGUGUGUUAGAUUUUCUUGCCACCUGUCAUGGUUUCUUGUUCACGCUUCAUUACUGCUAAAUGUCCAUCUACAUGGUACAGUUGCCCCUGUUUUGACUGAUAAGGUCCCAACAAUGCAUGAAAGACAUUGCUUGAUGCCCUCUUUUUGUUUUUUUAGAAGGGCAAACUCCUGUAUGAUUGGUUCUUGCAGUGUUGGAUUUAAAGAGGUCAAAAUCCAACAGGUGCAUAGAUGGCUGAGUAGGGUCCAUACACGUCGGUUUUGUUUUCUCAUGUUUCAUCACAAACGCUGUCGCCUUUUCUGUAACGUGCCUAAACUAUGGACAGAGAAAACAUUCAUUUUAAUUUUGCCUUUCAUAACAUUCAAACCUGAGAAGUCAAUAAAAUACUUUAUACAU